ACUCAUGAGAAGUCUGUGUCAAACAAAACGGGGGUGAAGUUGGGCUUAGCUUUAGGUCAAGACAAGCCUCCUGAAAAGAAGACCCGUCCUCGCUGUUCGUCUGACAGUUCAACAUCGAAACAACUCAAAGAAAAAAGGGCAACUCUGAGAGUAGCAACCAGUUUCAUAUUGCCUAAAACUGGCAACGACAAAGGGUUAUCUAAAUCAGAGAAUCUGAAACAUGCUUCCCAAAAUAAACCAGCUGGACAAACGACUAACUCUCCAAGGGAUGUGAAGAAAAUCAGCCUGGUGGCAGAGGGCAACAAAUCAGCUACAGCAGAAGCUCUGCUGGAUGAAAGUACGAGUAGAUCUCAGAGUCGACCAUCGUCCAGACAAACUCCAGCUGCAAGUCCUAGACCAAUCCCCCUGUCACAUAGACAAAGACGGGGGGCCUGUGAAAGGGCUGAUGUGUUCAGGAUUAACCCUGGAACUAAAUGGAAACCUCAGAUCCAGCUGAAAAACAAUGCAGACUGUCAGAAAGCACAGGCGACAGAAGAAAUGUCUCUCGUCAUAAAGCCCCAGCUGAAUGGAACCAGGCCUCCUCAGACUCCCACUCGCCCCUCUCUUAUGGGCCCACCCCUUACUCCUGCUUCUAGAAUACCACGGAAAACUCAGGGAUUAUCCCAGGGCCCUAAUGAAGGCAGUGAUCACAGUGAACUGGGUCAAAGCACUAGAAGUAAAUCAGGAUCUGCACACAAACCAACUGCCAUUAAGUCGGUUAUACUGAAAGCAAGGCUCGUUUCAACCCCUGGAAAAAACAUUGGAUCAGUGGAUCAGAACAAAAACAAGUCCAAGGCCAGUUCCUGCAAACAAAAGCCUCAACAGCAACCUCCCCAACCACCUGAGAGCUUCGGGUCUCAGAAGGUGGUCCUGACCAGUUUCCUACAGGAUGAGAAGAAAGAGCAGAACAUCAAGCAGUUGAAGCAACUCCUGACAGAGAGCAACCAUAGAUUUCAAGGCAUUGUCAUCGUCAUACAGCAAGUUCUGGAUCAGCAUGAUAAAGCCUCCAGGAAGUGCAGGGAGGUCUCACAGGAACUGGUCAAACUUCGAGGAAAGCUGGAAAGUGUAGAGGAGGAGAAGGGUGAGCUGCGAGCUGCUCUGCACAAUGCCACUCAGAGCUUGCAGGAACAGCACCAAGAGGAUGUUGCUGAGCCGCAGGCGAAGCUGCAGGAAAAGCAUCUGAAGGAUGUGACUGAGCUGGAGCAGAGCCUGCUGGCCCGCUACCAGGCUGAGUGGGACAAGCUGCACCUCACCUUCCAACAGGAAGCUGACAGCUGCAGAGCUAUUCUGCAAAAGCAGAUGACAGAACUGAAAGCAAAUCAUGAAAUCACAAAACUUGAGCUGAACCAUGAGCAGCAGCAUGAGCUGCAGCGGCAUGAGCAGCAGCGACAUGAGCAGAAACAUGAAGAAGUCAGGAGGGUCCACGGUGAGGAGCUCCAGUGUUUCAGCCAACGUGCCGAGACUUCUCUCUGUAAGGACUCUUACACACUGUAUUUGGAGAAGGAGCUGGAAAGUCUGAAAGUAGUUCUGGACCUCAAAACCAAGCAGCUUUGUCAGCAGGAGAAGAACCUGAUGGAGAUCAGCGAACUGAGGGAGAGAAAUUUGAUGUUGGAAGAGAACAUCAAGAAGAUCCAGCAGGAGAAUGAAGACCUGGCAGUUCGUGUGGAAAAGCAUGCCGCUAUGUCGAGGCAGCUGUCCACAGAGCACGCCGUCCUGCAGGAGUCCCUGCAUAAGGAGUCUAAGGUCAUCGAGCGUUUGUCCCUGGAGAACGAGGAGCUGCUCUGGAAGCUGCAGAAUGGAGUGUCCUAAGUCACCACCUCCCCGUCCUUCAAACUCCAGUCUACUUGCAGCUCUGGCUUCAUCAGCAGCACCCCCAUCUCACCCAUAUAAUCCCCCCCC